CACCCUUCUCCCUUCAUCCCCUUCUAUCCCCCUCACUCAGUACUGAUUCAGUCUCAGUUAAACUCACUGCUCCAACAACUAAUUUCCACUACCCUUCUCCCUCUCUUUCUCCAAUACACCCUGCGAUUUAUCCCUGCAAGUAUUAUAAGUAACUGCUUCAAUUCAAUCACCCGACAUGGCCUCUUCCUCUGCUGCUUCAUCUGCACCCACAUGUAGUGGCAGAACCAGCAGCAGCAGCAGCAAUGAGAGUGCCCCACCUAAUUUCUACUUCAAUGAGAAGUGGAAGCUGUCAAAGAAAGAAGGGUCAUCAUCAUCAUCAUCAUCAAGAAGGAGCCACUGUAAUUCCUCAACCUCUUCUUCUUCUUCCUCAUUCAUGAAGAAGAAUUCUUCAACUCAGCAACAGAGGAGGUGCGCUUUUGCUAGAAAGUGUGCAAGGUUAGUGAAAGAACAGAGGGCUCGUUUCUACAUCAUGAGGCGCUGUGUUGUAAUGCUCAUUUGCUGGCAUGAGUGUAGUGACUCAUAAUCACCGCCACAAAAAAGGUUUCAUAAAGGGAUCUGAUGUGAGAGCCCAAAAAGGACUUUUUAUUUCUUUCUUCUUGACCUCAACUGUACAUUGAAAUUCCUUCUCUUCUCAUCUCAUCUCAUCUGGCCUACUUAAUAUUGGGUUUCUAUAAGGGGGUUUUGAGAUUAAGUGGUGGUGGUGGUGCUUUUAAUUUUAAUUUUAAUUUUAAUUUUAAUUUCUUGUCCAUUUGAGGAUAGACUAAGAAUGAGUAUAUGAUGUAUUAUAUAGAAUGUAAUGGAGGACCUAUAUAAAUGGUAUAUAUAGCUAUUUCAAAUUAAAUGAAGUUUAUCAUCUUUGUACUUCUGAUUUUUA